CGUGGUUAGGGAUUGCAUCAAAUAAACAAAGAAUCCAAGUGAGAGACAAAUACCUAAGCUUAUCCUCCAAACUGUGUUUUCCAGAGAGAGAGAUGGUGGGGCCAUUAAGACCUCAGUUUGUGCUGUUUGGUUCGUCCAUCGUCCAGUUCAGUUGCAGCAAUGGAGGCUGGGGUGCCAUUCUUGCUGACGUGUAUUCUCGUAAGGCGGACGUACUGCUGCGAGGAUAUGCCGGCUGGAACUCGAGGCGUGCUCUUCAGGUUCUAGAGCAAGUUUUUCCCAAGGAUGCAGCAAUUCAGCCAUCUUUGGUAAUAGUUUAUUUCGGUGGCAAUGAUUCAAUGCUGCCUCAUUCAUCAGGCUUAGGCCCUCAUGUACCACUUCCUGAAUAUGUAGAAAACAUGAGGAAGAUUGGUAAAUAUUUAAAGAGCCUUUCAGAAAAUAUUCGCAUUAUCUUUCUCACCGCUCCUCCUGUCAAUGAGAAACAAAUUCUUGAAAAUUUAAGAGACAUAAUUCCCGAGCGGAAUCGAACAAACGAGUCCUGCAAAAUCUACUCAGAUGCUUGUUUAGAGGUCUGCCGAGAGUUAGAUGUCAAGGCUGUUGAUCUGUGGACUUCAAUUCAGAAGAGAAAAGACUGGUCAACUGCUUGCUUUACGGAUGGAAUCCAUUUUUCAGCUGCGGCCAGCAAGAUCGUGGCGGAGGAGAUACUGAAGGUCCUUAGGGAAGCAGACUGGGAACCCAGCCUUCACUGGAAGUCACUGCCAACAGAAUUUGCAGAGAAUUCGCCUUAUAACCCUCCCUGUGGUGAUGGAACAACUUUGAACCUUGCUGAUUACAGCGUUGCUCAAGCACUAAUCCAUUGGGGACUUAGCGACAAUUAAGAUAAAAUCAUGCAUGUUAGUUAAUGGCCAUAACCCAUUUAAUAACCUCUCUCCUCAGAGAAAAUAGUUCAACUCUCGCUCUUCCAAGCCCUCGCAUUUCCUUUGUACUGAAAGACUCUUGUCAGAAUUACAAAUGCCAUUCUAAAUCCCCCGAGAAGUUUUGGCAAA